UGAUGAUAUUACAUGCAAGUCGUCAGUCAUGACUAACAUUAUGCGGUGCUAUUCAGAAAACGAACUACAGCAGAUGAACAUUGGCUAUGUGUGUAUUUCUGAAUUAAUGGCCAGCUUGCAGAUAUAGCUAUUUGACUAACGUUAGCCAUGUUUCGGUACCGACGCUCGACUCUAGCUAGCGAUGUUCAGCACCUUUCAGACUGCGACGAUCGACUACGAGUUGCUUUAAACCCGUCUAAUUUUCUAUUUAUUUUAUUUUUCACAACAUACAGCGAAUGUCUGAGAGGUUUGUCGAAGUCGACAGGCUUCAAGCCGAGAUUCAAAAGUACCGUUCAAGUGAAUUAUUGCAACAAGAUGCAGAGAUGACCAGGUACAGUCUCCCUCAACGAAGAAAGAACUCUCCCGCCUUUUAACUCAAACCGGGGUAUUUUGAAUAAAAGGCCUUGUUUCAUUCUGUGCAUUAAUCAGGAUGUUCUGUUGCGCAUCGAAAAGGUUAUUCUGGAAAUAAUAACAAGUCUGACGAAAGAGGAGGCGCCAGUGUUGGUCUUUCAUAACAGAUCAAGUUGGGCUAACGUAAGGUUUAACAGUGCUGUUGGUCUUCACAUGGGUCCAGACAGCAGUACUGUCACCACCAUCAGAAGUGACUGCUCUUCAUCAGUUAACAAAUUUGCAUUGACCCUGAAGGUCUUGUCCGCAGUCUAUAAACUUGUGCAAAGCAACACAUUUGCCACAAAAAGGGACAUCUAUUACAACGAUACACAGCUGUUCAGGACUCAGAGGGCUGUGGAUUCCAUUGUAGACGACAUUUCUUGUAUGCUCAAGGUCCCUCGCAGGAGCCUACAUGUGUUGGCAACGUCCAAGGGAUUCCUCUCUGGUGAUCUUAGCUACAUGGAGGAAGAUGGCACGAAAGUGAACUGCAGCUCCGCAUCCACUGCUGUGUCAGUUUCAUCUAAUGUCUGUGGAAUAAAGAAUAUUUCAUCACAUGCAAAGUUUGUUUUAAUUGUGGAAAAAGAUGCAACAUUCCAGAGGCUCCUGGAUGACGGCUUCUGUAGCAAGCUGGCUCCAUGUAUCAUAAUUACAGGGAAAGGUGUCCCGGAUGUGAACAGCAGGUUGAUGGUGAGGAAGCUGUGGGACACCCUGCAUGUUCCCAUCUUCGCUUUGGUGGAUGCAGACCCACAUGGCAUUGAAAUAAUGUGCAUCUACAAGUAUGGAUCAGUGUCCAUGUCCUUUGAAGCUCAGAAUCUCACCGUCCCAAGCGUGAUGUGGCUGGGCCUCCUCCCGUCUGACAUUGAGAGACUGAGGCUUCCAAAAGAUGUCCUGAUUCCAUUCUCAAAGAAGGACGAGAGCAAGCUCACAAGCCUGCUAAGGCGGCCCUAUGUCGUCUGUCAGCCGGCAUGGGAAAAGGAGAUGGAGAAGAUGCUGAAACAGAGACAGAAAGCUGAAAUACAAUCCCUGACAUCAUUAGCCCCAGACUUCCUCACUAAUGUGUACCUGCCAAACAAACUGCUCUAUGGGGGUUGGAUAUGAUCCCACACUGCCCCCUUGAGGCAGGUGGCCUUUUUCUUGCAAUUUCUUAUGAAAACGAAUCUUAUCUGUGCUGUUCGUCCAUCUGUUAAUUUUUAAAGGAAUCUGUCAAUUUAAUUGCAAUUAUAAUGUACAUGUACGCAAAAUGGGAGGCAAAUGGAUGUUACAGUAAUUAUUUCUUAGGUAUAUAUUUUUUUGUUCACUGAA